AUGAUAAAGGUUCCUAGCGAUUUUCCCAAAGAUGACUACAAGAUCGUUGUGUCUGGGUCUGGUGGACUUGCUUUCCAUAACAAAUCUGAACUGCUCUUUGAGGAGAACAUCCUGGUGUUUAUCCAAACUGACAAGACAAGAUAUUCUGGCGGUCAACAAGUUAAAUAUAGGACAAUAUUCCUGUUGCCAACUCUUGCGAACUACAACGGUAGCGCUGUUAUUUCAUUCUACGAUGGCAAUGGAAACAGAAUAGAGAAAAGAGGGCCGACCGCAAUAACAGACGGUGUGAUUGACGGAGCCCUUGAUUUAAGCAGGGAACCUGUUUUUGGUGAUUGGAAAAUAAAAGUUAAAGUUCAGGUCACUGUACGAAACGAUUUCUUUAUUACAAUGGACCUCCCAGAAACAAUCGUACAAGGAGAGGAAUUCCUUCUGCAAGUUACUGUAUUUAAUUAUCUUCCAAGCACGCAGCAGGUUUUUGUAGAGAUUCAACAUUCGGACGACAUGAUUCAUCCUAUACCGGCUGCCACGGUGGUAAAUGCGGGAGAAGGUCAUUCUACGUUUGUACAUUUAACCCCAACUACAACUGGGAACUUGAUAAUAACGGUGACGGCAAAAGCAGGGAGUAUCUUCACAACUGUUGCAGCUGAUAAAUUGCAAAAGCAAGUGAAUGUGGUGCCACACGGAAUUCUUAAAUGGGAAAAUGUUCAGGAACUCCUUCAUUUAACACCUGGAUCCAGCCAACAGCUUAGCGUGCCCCUACAAGACCCACCGCAUAUGGCCCAGGGCAGUAAAACUGUUUCGGUUAAGAUGACCGGGAACUUCAUGGUACCAAGUAUCGAUGGUCUACAGAGCUUAUUGAUAAUGCCGCACGGUUGUGGGGAACAAAAUAUGGUUGACUUUGCACCUGACGUUUACAUUGCUAAAUAUUUGAAAACGGUUGGAAAGCUUACUAAGGAGAUAGAGGGAAAGGCUGUGCAGCAUGUGAAAUUCGGUUACCAGAACGAACUUACAAACGUGCAUCAGGAUGGCUCAUUCAGUGCCUUUGGGGAAAGAGAUUAUUCUGGUAGCACAUGGUUAACAGCUUUCGUUCUUAAAUGUUUUGGUCAAGCACGCUCCAUAGUCAAUGUAGAUGACCAGGUAUUGUCAAAAUCUAUGGUAUGGCUUCUUGGGCAACAGGACCAAGACGGCUCCUUCCGAGAACCUGGGACAUUAAUGAGAUGGGUUGACCAAUCAGGAACAAAGACGGGUGUUUCUCACACAGCGUUUAUUGUGAUUGCGAUGCUCGAAAACAGAGGAUUGAACUUAGUUACAGAUUCGCGCCUGAACAGUGCAAUCGCAAAGGCAAAGAGCUAUUUGGAGAACAGGAUCAAUGACGCACACGACAUGUACACUGUUGCAGUGGUAUGCUACGCAUUGGCGAAGUCUGGCAGUAGCAUAAGUUCUUCCUGCUUUAACAAAUUACAAACGGGAGCUACAAACCAAGGUGACAAAACGUAUUGGCAACAUUCUCAGAGAGUAAACAAACGGGUAGACUCGAGAGCGGCACAAUCUCGUGCACCAUCACGUGAUAUUGAGGCAACAUCUUACGCUCUCCUGACAUAUACUGAACUUGGAAAACUGAGUGAGGGACGUAAGGUCGUCAAUUGGCUUGUGUCACAGAGGAACCCAUCAGGCGGUUUUGCAUCGACUCAGGACACUGUUGUGUCGCUCCAAGCCUUGUCCGAGUUUGCAGCCCGCUUUCCGAUGGACCCGGGCUCAUUUUCCAACUACGCAUUGCAUCUGAACACGACUGGAAAACAUUUUACGCAUGAAUAUCACAUAACUCCGGCAACGUACGACAUCACUCAUAGCUUCGAAGUGCCUUCCAACAUCCCGAGUAUAGAUAUCUACGCAGCUGGUGAAGGAGUUGUGGUGGUUGACGUUACUACCUCGUUCUAUUUCCAAAGCACUCUACAAGACCCGCACAUCAGUGUUACUGCAAACAUCACCAAAGAGUCGCUAAACACUCUCACGGUUCACAACUGCAUGCGGUACUCUUAA